AUGAAUAAUAUUUCUAAUAAACAUUAUGAUGGAUUAAAUUCUUCUAAUUCUACAAUUAAUAAUGGUGGUACAUUAUGUGAACAUGUUAUAUCAGCUUGUUUAUUUCUACGUUAUAUUUGUCCAGCUAUUUUAUCACCUUCAUUAUUUAAUUUAAUUUAUGAAUUUCCCAGUGAACCACGUAUAUUACGUGCAUUCACUUUGGUUGCUAAAACAAUUCAAACAUUAGCAAAUUUCAGUUUAUUCAGUGGUUCUAAAGAAACCUAUAUGAAAUUUAUGAAUCAAUUUGUUACAGAUCAACUUCCGGCAAUGAGACAGUUUCUACAAUCGAUUUCAGUCCCAAAUCCGAAAUCUACUUCGUCACAUAAAUCAUUAUUGAGUAGUGAUACAGUUUUAAAACCAAUUAAUUCUUUGUCAAAUAUUUAUAAUAAUAACAAUAGUAAUCUAAGUACUAUUAACGGUAAUACUAAUAAUGGUUCUAUGCCAAAUUCUUUACAUAUAAUUGGUUCUGAUGAAAAUUGUCUGAAAUCUACAAUUUCGAAUAAAGAUAAAAUGAAAUAUGGUUCUAAGGAGAAUAAUCAUUUUAUCAAUAAUAGUCAAUCACAUCAUGGUGGAUUUAUCAAUGAUAUUGAUGAUUAUAAAGAUUAUCUAAGUCAUUCUCAGCAUUCACCUAUUUUCACAAGUUCAGUGAUCACAAGUAAAUCAAAUGAUUUCAAAUCAAGUGUAAGUGGGAGUUCUAUGUCUCAGAAGUGUCAGUCUACAAGAUCGAUAUGUAACUCAAUUUGUUUACCUCCUCUACCAACAAACCAACAUGGUCAUUUAGGCUUAAGAGAUCAUGUUGAUCUACCUUUGUGUUUAGCUUUAUGUCAUCUUCAAUUAUCUGAAGCAAUUGAAAAAGUUCCUGAAGAUAAAAGAAUGCCUGAUGUCAAAGAAUUGAAAUCAAUCCUAGAUGAAAUAGAUACAUUUCUUGUGUCUGGUAAAGAUCCUCAACCAAAUUGGUGGUAUAAAACAACUAUGAAUAAUAAUGAUAAUAAUAGUAAUCAUAGUGGUAAUAAAACAACAACACCAAUAAAGAAUAACACACCGACGAGAAGAACAACGGCAAAAACCAUCAAUGAAAAUAUAAACAAUGAGCCUAAAAGCAAUUUAAAAUCACUGUGUUUCCAGUCUAAUCGAAAUAAAUCUAUAAGUAAUGAUGCUUAUAUUUAUGAAUGUACAAAUAAUGAAUCAAAGUCAAUAAUGAAUACACCAUCAUCAGUCAAUAAAAGUAUAAAUCUAUCCGAUGAUGAUGAUGGUGCAACAAUCUCUGCAUUAAAUUCAUCAGUCACUAGUUUUAUAUCACCUAAACAAAUUGUUUUUCCUGAAAGAAAGGAUUCUCAUCAUGAUUCUAAAGAACAACAAAUUAAAAUUACACCUGACUCAAAUAUCAAGUUUGUUGUAUCAAAAGGAAAGCAUAAAAAUUCAUGUAUGCAAGAACGUGUAGCACGAUGUGACUCAAUAGAGAUCAUUAAAAUUCCACAUUCAAACAAUCUUAAUAACUCGAUGGAUACGAAUAAUGAACAGAUCUAUGAUAUAUUGAAUCCCACAGAUUCUCAUGUAGCUUUAUCUAUUGAUCCGAAUGCAUCUAAAAAAGUUACUGAAUCAAAUCAUGAUUUCUCAUCAAUAACACAACGUGAUAAUCGAAGAAGAGUUCAAAGCACUAGGAAAACACAAGAACCUAUAAUUAUUCAUCAGAAUACUAUAGAUACUGACAAUAAUGUCUGCGUUAAUAAUACAUUACAAAAGUCGUCAGUAAUAGAUCACCAACAACUAUCCAAUCACAUUGCAUCAAUUGAUAUAUGUAGCGAUAUUAUUAAUCCAGAACAAACUGAACAUUCAGAGUUUAGUCCAAUUUAUUUAGGGAAUUCUUCAUCAUCUGGUUAUCUUACUAUUUCAAGUCAUGGGAAUAUUUUAAAUUAUCCAGCUAUAGAACAAAAAUCAAAUAUAGUUGACCCGAUUAUUGUCUCCACAUCGGAUAAUGAUAUCAUCAUGACAUCAUUGUCUACUACUACUACUACUACCACUACUACUACUACUGAUACUAGUAGUAUGAAUAAUCCUGUAUACACUUGUCAUUCACUAAAACAAAGUAGUUCAAUUGAUUCCAGUGAUUUUCAAAUCAAAUGA